UGUCCAGAGUUGUAUUUAUCGCGCAUUAAAUGUAUACCUCCAGAAUAAGGAUUUAGCUCCUCCCAAACCAUUUUUCUGUGUCUUUCCCCUCAGCCAGAGACUCUACCAAUUGUGGUAGCUAGCCCCAAAAGAAAAAUAGAAACAGCGUGGCGUGAAAAGAGCUCAGGCAAGGCGGUGGAGGCAGAACAACUACAUUCGCUCAUCCGUGCGCUCUCUAUCGAGCGCGGUUGCGCCCGCAGUGGGGAGGGAAAGGUGACUUUUGUCCCCGUAAUACAGGUCCGUCACCCACCCACCCCCGAAGUGGAAGCCGUGGGAUCCAGGGAAAGAACGCGCGCUUUUCCUUUAAGGCCUCUGGAAGAGCUUCAAGCGCCUGCCCACCGCGCACCGCCUACCUCCAACCGCCACGACCUCUUUCCCUACCGGGAGAGCGCUAGCCGCGCCCCCUUUCCUUCUCUGCGCCCGAAGCGCCCUGACGCGAGCGCGACUGAGGCGGGGCUGCUGGAAGCGGACGGCGCGCUGCAAACAGGGACCGGAGGGGCUUGUCCGGGAUGGUAGCGCUUCCGUGGCCUCCGAGCGGUAAGCGCCGUGGAGGGGAGGCGGCUGCCUGCGGCGGCGACUGUGCGUGCGUAAUGCAGCUGCCCGCGGGAGGAACGGGAGACUAGCCGGCCCGGCAGCGUGCGCGCCUCCCUCCCGAGCCCUCCGAAUCCGUGGAGCUCCGUUGCGCCGCGCGUGGGCGGCGUUCUAGCACUCUGGCCCCUGCGCGCUCGGCAGAGACGAUGAGCCGGGCCCUGCUGCCGCUUCUCGUGACCUGCGGCUUGCUGGGGAUGCGGCCCCUGCCCGCCCAGUGCCAGGAGGCCCAGACCCCGGACUGGAGGAUGACGCUGAAGACCAUCAGGAACGGCGUCCACAAGAUCGACACUUACCUGAAUGCUGCUUUGGAUCUCCUGGGAGGAGAGGAUGGGCUCUGUCAGUAUAAGUGCAGCGAUGGUAAUGCCGAUAGUGUCCUAAAGAAGUGGGGAGAGCGGGAGGGAGGUUAACACGGUAAUUCCCGGUUGGUACCAGUCCCAGCUCCUGCCCACCUAGCAGUUCGAAAGCACGUCAAAGUGCAAGUAGAUAAAUAGGUACCACUCCGGCAGGAAGGUAAAUGGAACUUCCAUGCCCUGCUCUGGUUCGCCAGAAGCGGCUUUGUCAUGCUGGCCACAUGACCCGGAAGCUGCGGGCAAACGCCGGCUCCCUUGGCCUAUAGAGCGAGAUGGGCGCCACAACCCCAGAGUCGUUCGCAACUGGACCUAAUGGUAAGGGGUACCUUUACCUUUUUUUUACCGAAUCUUAAAAGUGUUAGGUUCAAGUCUAAACGGUUUAGAAGGUGCAUCAGAUAAGGGAUCUCCUGUAUGUACCUCCUUGGGUUCCAGAAGGCAAGGUAUUUUUUAUUUAUUACCUUUAUCUUCCAAUAAUCUCAAGGUGGUGUACAUUGUUCUGCUUCCCAUUUCAUCCUCACAACAAUGGUGUGAGGUAGGUUAGGCUAAGUGAUGGUGACUGGCCCGUGGUAACCCAUUGAGCUUCAUGGCAGAGUGGGGAUUCGAACCCUGAUCUCCCAGGUCCUAGUCCAACAUUGUAACUAUCAUGCCGCACUGGCGUAUAAAUGUUAUAAAUAAACUCUCUUUAGAUCAGAAGGUGCACACUGGGUCCAUUUGGUUGAAAGAUGCAGACCUGUAAGUUCUACUGAGCUUUAAUGGGGCAUAUUCUAUGUAAAGGAGUAAAAGCUGCAGCUUAAAAUACGUUUGCCAACCUUAUGGCAGUUCAAUCUUGAAGCUUUGCAUACUUACAUGCGUCCGUAGGAUCUCACUUGUGAUGCUAGCCAACAACAGUGACCUUUUAAAAUGUUGACUGUAAAGAUUAGUGCAUUGUUGUCUUGGUUCCUGGAUGCUUAAUAAGCCUGUGUUAGUAUUGUUGGUUGUUUUAUCAUGACCUCAAAGUUCUCUUUGUUUUGGAUGCUGGACUAGAUGGGCCUUUGAUCAAAUCCAGCAGAGUGCUUCUUAGUGUUGUCAGGUCUGAGGUUAACUUGUAAUGGUGCCAAAUGAUUAUAUUACAGAAAGACUAAGCUUUUAUAAAUACAUCCUUCUGUGUUUAGGCACCACUUUGAUAAACUGUGGAUUGAAGUAUUUGGAAAUCAUUGUGUAAAAUAAUCCAUUCUUCUUUCAUCAGCACUGAAAGUUCAGGUUAACCAGCUGGAGCCCAGUUUUUAAAACCAGUUUGAUUGAGGUUUACCCCCAGUUAUCUCUGGUCAAGGAGAUGAGAAGAUGGCAAUAAUAAUAAUAAUAAUAAUAAUAAUAAUAAUUUAUUUGUACCCCGCCCAUCUGGCUGGGUUUCCCCAGCCACUCUGGGCGGCUUCCACAGAAACCAAAAAUACACUAAAAUAUCACACAUUAAAAACUUCCCUGAACAGGGCUGCCUUAAGAUGUCUUCUGAAUGUCAAGUAGUUGUUUAUCGCUAUGUGGAAAACUAGCUACUUUUGAAAUGGUGUUGCUGAAAAAUAUAACUUCAUAACUAUGGUUGUAUACCUUUUCCCUAAAUUGUUAGAUAUCCUAUGUGUUUUGAGAAAUGCAUCUUUUUAAAUAAUCCUAAGGGAAGGGAGAUUCUGUGAUGCAGGAGAUGCCACUUCUGGAGGAGCAAGAAAGGUUUUUUCAACUCAAGGGCCAUAUUCCCUUCUGGGCAACCUCUUGAGGGCCACAUGAGGGGAAUUAGGAUCCUGAUGAUUCACAGCCUCUGACAUCCCCAUAAAACAGCUUAUGUCUGGGUAUGGUGGACCAGUAACAGCAGCAGAGCUUUCUUCUGUUGCCAUAGGAACACCUCUCCACCCCCAGGGAGAAAGAUCUCCAUCAUCCUGUCCCUCCCCACCCCACUCAGCUGCCCUCCCAGGGAACAUAGGAUUGCUCCCUUAGUACAGAAUAGUUCCAAGUUAAUGGUGUAGUGGUUAGAGUUGGGCUAGGACCUGGUAGGUGAGGAUUCACUUCCUCACUCAGCCAUGAUCCUCCCUGGGUGACCUUUAGUCAAUCACCACAUCUCAGCCUAACCAACACUGGGUUUUUGUGAAGAUAAAAUGUGGACUCCCCUUUGAAAUCCUUGGAGGAAAGGUGGAAUCUAAAUGUAGUAAUAAAUUAAUUUUCCUUACGCUAAAGUCUCCAAACACAACUGUAUAUAACAGCUUAUACUGGGUUAUUUUAUUGAAUUCUGCAGUACAGAUAAUUUAUAUACAUCUGUACCAGUUGGAUAUUAUUCACGGGCUCUUGCCUUGAGACAUCUAAUCAGGUGGAAAUGAAACAUGUUGAGUAUUCAGAAUUCUUUAUAUUUUACAGGAUAUAAGCCUUUACCUCGCUAUGGCUAUAAGCCUUCGCCACCCAACGGCUGCGGCUCUCCUCUUUUUGGAGUUCACGUAAGUAUCUUCUUAUCAAGUACUUCCUCCUGCUCACUAGCUACAUCUGUGUUUGGAUAAGAUGCUUAAAUGGCAAUGUAACUGGAUUAACCUAUAUUAAAUUUAUGAAAACACUCACAUUUAUAUGGAGAGACUGUAAUAUAUAAAUAGUAAAUGUGUAACUAGUUUAUGUAAAUAGUAGGCUACUGUUUUUGUCUAAGCACAAAGUGUUGUGAUUAUUCUCUCAAAAUCGCUUUUGUAAAAUUUUAAAAACUAAAUAUCUCAGUAUCCAAAGAGGAGUCUUCGCAGCCUCAGAACUAUAGGUCUAAAAUAUGAGAACCUUCAUUCUGAGACCGUGGCCAGUUGUUGUUAUUAUUAUUAUUAUUAUUAUUAUUAUUAUUAUUAUUUAUUAAAUUUUAUUCCACUUGAUUGUAGUAAAACUUCUAAAUGAUUUACAGAUAAUACAAUAAAAACAGUUUAUAAUGAUUUUAAACAUUUAAAGAUAAUUAAAAUUAACAGGAAAAAGAUUGAACUAGUCAACAUCUGUGUCUAGAUAGGCUUUGAUAAACAAAAAUGCUUUGUGCAGGUGCUUUAGCACAAAAAGUUACAUGGCCAGGCCCGAACCCACAUUGGGAUUAUGUUAUACAAUAAGGUUUUCAGCUGUUCCACCACUACUCUCUCCACUACCUUCCCCAGAAAGGGGUUAUUUGUGAUUGGUCAGUAGUUAUUCCAGUCCAAGGGGUCCACAGCUGGUUCCUUAUAAGUAGUGACACCACUGCCUCUUUCAAGGCUGCAGGGACCACCUGUUCGUGCAUUGAAGCAUUAACCACACUUUGCACCCAACUAGUCAAACCCUCUUUGCUAGAUUCAGUAAGCCAAGAGGUGCAGAAGUCUAGAGAAAAUGUACCGGUAGUUAGGCGUCUAAGCUGCCAGCACCUUGUCCGCAUUCAGCCAACUCCACCAGCUGAAUCCCAUCCCACAACACAUAAGAAGAGCCUGCUGGGCCUUGCCAAUGACCCAUUUAGUUUAGCAUCCUAUUCUCACAGUGGCCCAACCAGAUGCUUGUGGGAAACGCACAAGCAAGGCUUGAACGCAACAGCACUCUUCACUGCUGUGUUUUCCAGUAACUGGUAUUCUGAAGCAUUACUGCCAUCAUCAGUAGCGUUCCCCUCCAUGGCUUUGUCCAGUCCUCUUUAAAAGCCAUCUAGGUUGAUCAUGGAUCAGUGCCUCCCAUGAAUCCGAAUUCCAUAGUUUAACCAUGUACUGCAUGAAGAAGCACUGUGGACUUGUUUCUCCUGCAUUGUCAUCUCACAUGUCAAGACAUCUACCCCUUAUUCUGCCAGCCUAAAUGCUCCUGUUGUGCAAAGGCUGUCUCUUAGUCCUGUAGACAGAUCAACUCUCUUUCUUCCUUUCUUUUUUUGCUGAGGGUAUUAGGUGGGGUGCAGGAUGCAUUGAGAAUCUGAUAAUAGAACUAUCCUGUACAGCAAAAGCUAGUAAAUUUUGUUACAGGAAACCACAUUACAAGAUUAUCAGCCAAUAUGCUCAAAAAGUCCUCUCUGACCCCUAUGAGAUUAUCAGUUUGUCUCUGAAUGUGCAAAUUCUAGGUUUCUGCUCCUCUGAAAUAUAUGCUUAACUAGAACAACAAAGUGCCAUGUUUAGUUUCUCCAGACUGAGUAACUGGGGUCCCCUUUUCCUAGUUACCGGUACUUUAAGAUGUGUGAUCCUCCAGAUGUUUUAGACUACAUCUGCCACCAUCACUAACCAUUGGCUAUGCUGGCUGAGGCUGAUGGGAGCUCAAAUCCAACAAUAUCUUUGCUCCCAUGACUGCUUUAGAGAAACUUUUAUAAUUUGGUUUCUCUGAUGAAAAUCCUUUUCCAAUUUCCAUCUUAAAUUUCCUGUGGGCUUUUCUUUAUUUGGUUUAUUAAAAUUCUCCUUUAAGACUUGAUCUGUUUUAUUAACUUCUUGAUAUAUAUUUGGGGCAUAAAUUCAUCCCUCUUCUAGCUGGUUCUGAGUUGUUGUUAAUAUUUAUAUACCAGCCUUCAUCUGCAGAUCUCAGGGUGGUUCACAAUAUAAAAUUUCAAUAUAAAAACCACAGAAUACAUGAGUUUCCCGCAGGAGACACAAUUUCAUCUUCUAGUACACUAAAAAUAAUAAUAAUAACAAGUCUCACCACUGUUCUCAAGGAAUGCUAACUAUUAUAACUUGCUUCUCAGUUUGACAUUGGCAUUCCUUCAAUGACAAAAUGCUGCAAUCAACAUGACAGGUGUUACGAUACCUGUGGCAACAAAAAACACGAUUGCGACGAGGAGUUUCAAUAUUGCCUCUCUAAGAUCUGUAGAGAUGUACAGAAGACACUGGGAAUACCAGAGAGCGUACAAGGUAAGCUUGUCUGGAAUAACGCAGCUAUAACGGAUAUUUACAGAGCUGACAUAUAACUGUAGGUAGUGUUUUAUUAGAAAUAAUAAAACCAGGAGGCACAAAGUAACGUGACUUAACUCUGUUUAGUUUUCCCAGUGCCUGUGUGCAGCUAAUAAAGAAGAGCACUUUCUAACAGAUGAUGAAGUAUGGAUUGUGUUCAUCAUUGCACAAAAGUGGAAGGAUUUGCCUGAUACUGGAAAUGUUGCAUUGAGCAAUGCAUGAUUAUGCUGCCCAGUUUGGGCGAAUUCUUCUCUCCUUGUACAGCUCUGUAAGAUGAUGUUUUGGGAUAGGUUUUGGCUGGGUCAAUAGGUUUUGGAGUGUAGUCCUGGACUGGAAUAGGUUUUGUACUGUGGUCCAAAACAUCUGGAGGGUAUCCUGUUUGCAAAUGCUGUUCUAUGUUGUGUCACCACUGAACAUUCCUCCCCUUACAGUAGAAUGUGAAAAAGACAUGUCCUCCUAGCAGAUGUUCUACCUAAGCAAAGCCAUUAGCAUGUAUCAGUUCCACUGAAUUGCUAUAGCAGUGUGGAGAGUGAACAUUAGAUUUACUAUAUGAUGAAUGAAUAAAAAGCUUCUCUUGAUGGUUUAUUAUCUGCCAGUUCUUAAUUUUAGGCCUCCAUUGCAGUUUUGAUUUCUGCAAGUUUGGUGCAAAGAAGGUCACAAUAUUUUCUUUUUCUGGGGCUAAUUCUACUUUUGACACAGUGUAGACAGGCCACAGUCACACUUAUGAGUUAGCCAAAUCUUGUAGGCUGUAUUUGUGAUCAGCGCAGUGCAAAAUACAAGCAACUUCUGUCCUAUUGCAGGAGCUGAAUUGCUUGUGUAUUGCUAUGAACCUGAUGCUCACUAAACCUUAAACUUGCCCAAACAGAUAUAGCUGCCCAAACAUUAUAGCUGACUACAUGUCAUUAUCUCAAGCACGUGUGGAGCUGGUACCUCUACAUGGAUCGUAUUUCCACAUCCACCCCAAUUCCCAUGGUGGUGGUCUUACUCUGAGCAAUGAUGGUGAUGGAAGUGACAAGUAUAAGUUGGUUGUUCAAUAAAUUGAAAUUUCAUCUUAUGUCAGUCAGCAGAAUAAGCUGCAUACCUUGCGUUGGGUCUAGGUUAAGUGGAUGCUUUGUUUCUUUAUAGUGACAACUGGGCCUCAGUACAAGAAUUUAAAAAUUGAUUUGCUUUUUCCUCCUUGCAGCGUGUGAAUCAACAGUUCAACUAGUGUUUGACGCAGUCAUACAUUUAGGAUGCAAGCCAUAUCUUGACAGUCAAAGAGCAGCAUGUAUGUGUCGGUAUGAAGACAAGACAGACCUUUAAGAGAGAAGCUUUCGACCUGGUUCAGUUCAUCUGUAUUGUGAGAGCCCUUUUGUUGUUACAAAGCUGUUCAAAGCAUACAGUCGGAGCGUCAAGCUGGUCUACACUUCUGUAGAAGACACUAAUUUUUUAUAUAGCACUUCUUCCCUCUGUCACCCUUGCAUCCUUAAUCUUUAAGGAUCUUUUGCAUACAACUUUGAAAGCGAAAAUUGCAAUUUUUGCAACUGGCCUCGGAGUGGUACCUCUACGUGAGUUUUUCCCUUGAGGGGAUUGUGGAUGCUGCUCUUAAACUGAUAGAGGUGAACACCCGUAACUAUUGCAUGGGGUAAAAAGUAGGUCAAACUUUGGUCUUACCAGCAUUUGGCAUCUCCUCAGAGCCUUGCUUUAUGGACAGAAGGGAAAUGCCUUAAAAAUGUAUGGGUUUUGUUUGCAAUCUUAUGCUGCUGUUAUAGUGGAAUAUUCCCUUGAGUAGAUAUUCAGUUUCUGCUUCUGUAGUUCAGUCCUGUGUGUGUUCAAUUAAUUAAUGAACCUUAUGUAUGUUCAAUUAAGUCUCACUAUUCACUGAGGCUUACCACUUAGUAAGUAUAUUUAGAUUUUUCAGCCUUACACAGCAAUCCUCUGCAUGCUUACUUGGGAGUAAGCCCCAUUAAAACAGUGGAGCUUACUCCCCCCCCCCCAGAAGACACAGACCAAGCUUUAUUAAACAUUCAAUAGUACUUAACAUAUAAAAACCACAGUAAAUUUUCUUUCUGUCCACUCCCCCCACCCACCCCGGUUUGUAAAUAAAAAUCAAACGUAUUUUGCCCCUUCUGAUUAAGUAAGGGGAGAGAAAACAAUGAGGUCGUUGCUUGGGUUGGCCACAAAUUUCUCCGCCUGGUUCCUCAGAGUGAUGAAAAGGCUGCCAUCCAUUCUGGGCUGGAGCUCAAGCACUGCACCAUCGCAGGAGAAGUCACCGAGAAGAGAACCUGGGAAGGACCUAAGUGAUUCAGUUUUGUUGUGGCUCUCCUGCUGGGUCAGAUGAAUCACUUGCUGGCAGGUCCACUUUCUGUGGACUGAUCUGCUUUUCAAAGGGAGUAGCAUCCAUUGUUUCUUUAGUUACACAUGCUGUGUUAAGCACCUGGAAAUUCAAGUACAGGUGGAUGUUCCUGAAGAACUGCCUUUGUCAUUCCUGGGCUAGAGACCUUCUGUUUAAGCCCACAGCCCUGUGGCAAAACUUCCAGAGCACCUUCUCCAGGGACUUUGCUGGUGGUCUUUUGCAGGGCUCCAGCAAAGAUUGGGCGACAGGAGCACAUCUGACAUUGGCUUGACUUUGUAGGUGGUCAAACCCUCCGGAGGCUUGAACACAAAAUUCUCAGGGGCAAAUGAGCGCUCUCUCCUUUGUGGUGCAAGAGCCAGGAUGAUAGGGGCUGGAAGGUUAUCUUUUCCUAGCUCUGUGGCUGUAUCCAAAGGGAUUUGGGUGAUCACACCUUCUUUAAGAGGCUCCACUGAAUGGUUCUCUUUCAUGCCACACAACACUGUUGCCUUUGCAUUUUUGACCCCUCUCUGCUGCUGUUUUCUGUUACUUGUUUCUGUUUUCUGCAGUGGAAGACCUACAUUCACAGCAGGACGGGAUAUCUGUGAUAUUUUGGUCAGAGCAGCAGCUGUGGCCCCUGUAACUCUUCCAGCGGCAGUUGUGGAAGUUGUAGUCUGCACCCCUUUCCUCUCUUUGGGGGGGUUUGUCUAUGUAGAUCUGCCUCUGGUUAUGCUGAGCUGUUUGCAGAGUGGAGCCCUUGCUAGGUACCAUCACUUAAUGCGGUGGUCUAGCUAGUGAUCUGACUGAUUCUUGCAAUUGGUUCUUCAUCUUUGACCUUGUUAACUGCAUUUCCCCACUUGCUCCUUUUGUUACCGUCUCCUUUGGCUUGUUAAGCACCGGUAUAUUUGUUGAUUUUGAAAGGAAGGCAGGGAAGGCAUGAGACUUAGCUGAAACACUUGAUUUUUGGCUUGACUUUGUGCUGCUCCUUAGUAAGUACCCUUCACCUGUCUCCUCCAGCAGUGGAGGCUCACCAUUUCUUGAUGCCGGUGCAUUGACAUCAAUGAGUCCAAACUGCCUGCCUUUAUUAAACUCCUUGUGUCUGGUCUCCUUUAGGGAAAUGGACUUUUUGUGGGCAAGUUUUGCCUUCAAGGUCUCCGUACUUAGGUCCUUUUUGUAUCGAGCAGCAAAAGUGGCAGCCAUCCAGCUGUUUACUCACCAACCACUUCCUACCAGCUCCAGCAUCGACCCCCAAACUGCCUCUCAGCUCACCCCAGAUUCCAGUGGAGUUUACUUUUGCCUCUACCAACAAUUAUAGCAUGUCAGAUUAUUAAUCUCAGUGUUUAAGGAUUACUUUAAUGUGAAUUAGAUGCAUCUGAAUCCAUUUAUACAACAUAUUCUCAAGUGCCUUAAAACUAUAGAUGGUAGCCGACUGAGUCAUAUUCAGACUAGAUCCACUACUGUGUACAUUAAGCACACUGACCUCAUUGGAUCUACUCUGGCGAUUACUUGGUUGCAUAUCUCCCUUAAAGUUUCAACUGACAAAGUUAAGUUGUUUACAUGUUGGAAUUCUAGGGUGCAUUAAAUCCAUCUGCCAAAGCAGUGAAACCAAGCUAUUGAUUCCCCUGCCCCCCAAUUAUCCAAGCACACUAUAAAUUUUUUAAAUUAUUUUUGAUCUCUAAUCAAAUGUUUUAGACACAUAGACAUUCUGCAAAGUAACGGUGUCUUAAUAUGUAUUAUUGGCCUGAACAAGAGAAAUAUUUGCAUUUAGUGUGCAGAGCAUUUGACUAUCAAACCUGUUUCUUCUGUACUGUUUCAGAACGAAAUAAUAUGACUAAUGAAUACUUUUACCAUUGUUUCUGUGUUUUAGGCUUAUGGAAUUGCUUUGAGAACUCUGCAAGGGUUGUUUCCCACUUGAUUUUUAAUAAUUUAUUUGUACUUUCGCAUUUGACUUGAAUAGAAAAAGAUUCUAAUUUAUUUGUCUGUAUUUGCCUAUUUGACAUUAAUAGAAAAAAAAUUCUCUUAAUCUUUUCUAUAUAUAUAUAUUUUAAAAUGAAGUAAUUUGUGAGAAAUAAUCUGUUCCCAUGCUGCUAAUGUUAAUUAUAACUGACCCAAUGAAAACAGUGGGGCUGUCUGCCCUAUGAAUUCUAAUAGGUCUUGGUCACAACCAACUUUAGUUGGAUCGAAACCUACAAAAUGGGUGUUCCAUUUUUUAAUCUUGGAUUUUAUAGAGUUUUUUUGUCAAAUGUCUUUUGUCUUUUAUGAAAGAAUGUGAACUUUUAAUGCUGAGUUGUUCUCAAGUUCUGAACACACAAGCACUAGAAACUACUGAAUGAAAUUACUUGAAGAGUGUUCUGUGAUAUAUUUUCUUCUGGGAAAUAAGGGAUUUCUUCAGCAUGAAAAUUUGUAAAAAAAAAAAAGAACUGUAUUUGUGUAAAGUGGGGGAGAAGAAUUAAAGAGUCAAAGCUGUGUGUGUGUCAUGUCAUUUUGCUAUAAAUAAAACUUAACUGAGUAGCAUACUAU